UCUCCGCGUGUGUAAGCGAACGGACCGUCCAAAGCACGCCACCGCGCGCACGAGCUUCCGCCAUUGAAGCUUCGUCGAGCGCUUAAAACCUCCCUCCCUCCCCCCUCCUUCUCUAUCCUCCCAAAUCCCCGAAUCCUUGCGGGAUAUGACUGCAAAUUAAGCAAGGGAUUCUCGAUUCUCCUCAAAAUAUUCGGGUUUCUUCCCCCUCUAUUUGGUUAGGAAUAGUUUGGGAUUUCAAGUUGGAGAUUGGAUCGAAGCGAUUUCUUGAAUGGUUUGAUCGGUGUGGGUGCUGUAUCUCUCGGAAACUCGGAUUUUUAGGGCUUCCAUCCAAGAUCGGUUCGACUUUGGGUUCAAACUUCAAUGGUUGCAUCUUUUUAAGGGAACUCCUCUCUUCCUCCGGUGCUUCCUCGUCGUCGGCGCCGCCGCCUACGCCAUCGCCAUCUUCGUUUGGUCGUUGAUGGCUUCCAUGGAGACGGCAUCGACGUACUGGUGCCACCACUGCUGUCGCUUCGUCCUCAUUUGGCCCUGGGACGCAGUCAUCUGCCCAGACUGUGGCGGUGGCUUCCUUGACGCGCCUGGCCGCUUUCCUCUUGCCUCCGAGACCGCUACCGAGCCUCGUCGCCGCCGCGUCCCUUCCGCCGUCGACAACAGCUCCGCGGCUGUCGGCCGUCGGCGCCAGUCCUCGGAAAUUAGGUUCCGCCGUAACAAUCGUGCGUCCACUGGCGACCGCUCUCCCUUCAACCCCGUCAUUGUUCUUCGCAGUCCUCCCGUAGGCGGACGACGUGAUGCGGAUUGGACCACCAACAGCAGCUUCGAGCUCUACUACGAUGACGGCACCCGAUCCGGUCUCCGCCCCUUGCCGGAAAGCAUGUCGGAGUUCUUGAUGGGCUCGGGAUUGGAGAGAAUACUCGACCAGCUCUCCCAGACUGAGGUUGACGGAAUCGGCGGUGCGCCUGGUUUCGAGUACUCGCCGGCUUCGAAGGUCGCCAUCGAGUCUAUGCCCACUAUCGAGAUCGCCGAUGGCCAUAUCUCGAUGGAGUCCCAUUGUGCCGUCUGCAAGGACCCCUUCGAGCUCGGAACUGAGGUCCGUGAGAUGCCCUGCAAACACAUCUACCACCAGGAUUGCAUCCUGCCUUGGCUCUCGCUAAGAAAUUCCUGCCCUCUUUGUCGCCAUGAGAUGCCGACGGAUGUGCAAGAAAUGGAGGACGACGAGCGGACUCAUGUGGCUGAGAACGAGGAGGAGACGGUGGGGCUCACCAUAUGGAGGCUUCCAGGUGGUGGGUUCGCUGUUGGGAGGUUCACUGGUGGCAGGAGAGGCACGGAAAGAGAGCUUCCUAUGGUUUACACAGAGAUGGAUGAAGGAAUUAGGACCGCUGGCACACCGAGAAGGAUAUCGUGGUCCUCAAGAGGAAAUAGAUCCAGAGAGAGUGGAAGAAUUGUUCGGGCAUUCCGCAAUUUCUUCUCCUUCUUCAGGCGUCUUCGAUCUCCUCCUACAUCUUCACUGAGGCUGACCUCCGAGUCUCGCUCUUUCUCAACCACUUCUCUUAGACACAGGAGAUAUCCAUUCUUCAGUAGGAGCUAUCGGGGACAGAGCACAAGUAGGGUAUUGGAGGAUGGUGAUGAUGAUAACUGAGUAGAAAAGUUCAACUUUUUGCUCUUCAAUCCAAUUCCUCUGCAAAACUGUAGUUACUUGAUUCUGCAAAAAGGAUGCAAAUGGUUGCUGGCUGGUAAACAAAAGCUUGAUGCCAAGAUAUUCCUCCCUAUAAUCAUCACUUUGGAUGAUUGGCUCAGGAACUGAGAAGUUGUAGCUUUGCUCACAGUGCAUUGUGAAUAUAAUCAGUGUUGAAAAGGCUCUAGUGAACUUAUAUUUGAACAAGUUUGUCAGAGAUUCCAUGGAAUGCCCAUAAAUACAAGGCAAGGCAAGAUAUGAUUCUCUGUUCCACCUUUCACCAGAAGUGCCUAUGUUCAGUGGACCUAUGUCUCAGGGGUUUCUUCAUUCUUUAGUUGACUUGAUACUAUAUAUCUUAUGGUGAUGAUGUAAUGACCCAAGCCGAACUCACAAUAUUUCUUCUGAUCAGCAAAAAUGGUUGACCCAAGCCGAAGAUUAGCGAUUACAGAUUGUGGAAUUGUAAGGAUCUGAUGGUUUGGCUCUCAUCAAGCCCAUUCAAAGUCCAAACAGCACUUAAGUCCAUUUGACCACUGUGUAGUGUGGACAUCCAACAGGCAUUUAAGGAGUAGCAUCAUCUUUUCCCCAUUUACUACGUUACAUACUUGCUGAAGCUGCCGUAACCAUGUUGUUCCCACUUCCCAUAGUGCAUCAUUCAAAGGACACUGAGUCACUGACUGAGACAUGGGGACACGUUUUAGGUGCCAACAAGGUGGGUGGCAGCUCAGCUCCAAAAGAGUUAGGUUGUUGGAGACUGAAAUCUCAAAAAAUGCGAUCCAGCAUGACUACUCGGAUUGCAUUGAACUUGUUCGUAUCAAAUGCGUUCCUCUGACCAAGUCUCUGAUUGCUGCUGUGCACUGGGUUGGAGAUCAAUGCAGCUGGCUGCAUCAGGAUAUUGUUUUCAACCUCUCCAUGCAACCUGCUUUGUCUUCUCAAAUGAUUUGUUGAAGGAAUCUUGCGUGGUGAUCAAUACUAAAUAUGAUGGAGGUCAGCAGGAGCAGCACCGAGCGAGGCAAACGGAGCCAGAAAAGAUCUGUGACAAAAGUUUGCCCUGCUUGCCAUGGGCAUGGGAAACUAGGUGCAGGACAAAUAGACAAGAAAGGGAGGACAUGGUAUCUUGCUAGACAAAGCUGAUCAUUUGUCUCUACUGCAGCAAGCACCACAAUACCAGGAAGACAAAGAUGCCUAUUAGCAGAUAUAAUUUAUGUUGUCUUCAUCCCUUGUCUUCGCGAUGUCUACAAUGGCAGGUUAGUGCUACAAUCUAGUAAAUCUAACUUAGAUAAUGGAUUUAGCAAAUCUGAUUCUUUCAUCACAUAAACCCGCACAUGAAGUCCAAGCCAUAUGGCAUCAUUAUUGGUAACUCAAAUAUUAGAUUUUUGUCUGUCUUUCGGGUCCAUAUUGUCCACCAAUCUUGUAAAUGGAGGCUUUUAGUGAGUUGGCUGGGCUUAGUGGGGCUAUUAGGCUUAUGUAAGAAUUUUUCCCAGCAAACAUCUUAUACUGAUAUAUAUAUAUAUGUAUAUGUAUAUGUAUAUGUGUAUAUGUAUGUGUAUGUGUAUGUGUAUAUAUGUAUAUGUAUGUAUAUAUAGUUUGUCGCAGAUAAGUGGACAGCUGAUUAGUUUGCCUAACCCAGGAAAGCAGUACUGAUUUCAGACAGCACCUGAAACAGUUCUGCAGUAGGAUAGAGUGACUCAUGGAGUUGCUGCUUGCAAAAAACUUGUUCUAAGACAAUAAUGCAAACAGCUUAGGUGAGUCAAGCAUGGCACCAUAGUACCAAAUCAUUAAGUGGGUUUAGCAUGAAUUUUAUUUUAAGCUCCAGGAUAGUACAACACACAUAUAUUAAGCUAUCAAGUCCAGCUGCACAUUCACAGAGAUUCAGAAGGAGAGAUUCCUCUGAUGUCUGUUCUUGCAAGAUUUCCUCCAUGUUAGACCCAUGACUUUGUCUUGCAAGGACUGCUGGAUUUUCUAUUCAACAUGAUGGCUUAAAUCAAUGUAUCAGAUUCUGAUAUGCUGACAGGUGAUUGAAGAACCUGAGCACCAACUGCCAUCAAGAAUAUGUGAGCUCUGCAGAAUGCCGCCCCUCUUUUGGUUCUUAUAGCAUUUUGCAUCAUAAUACUCUGUUUUCUUUCCCUGGGAUUCCUGAACAGAAUUUAGACCACCUGUUUGGUGCAACAGUACUCAUCAAGCAUGGUUGACAGAAGAGGCAAUUAAUGAUGUUUGAGGGGAUAAAAGAAAAUUUUACCCAAGGAGUGUCAUGAGGCUCAGUAGAUGCUAUACUUAACCCCUCAUUUUCCACAUGAUUUGUCAUCACACACAAAAGGUUUAUGAAGAUCCUCAUCAUCUUGGAAAUUUGACUUUUAUCCAUGUAAAGAUGAUCGAGACACAGCAGAAGACAUCAGUAGAACAGUUGAUGAGCUCAGAUACUAUUAACUUGCUAAAUUGGCACUACUUCACCAGCAGAAGCCAAAAAAGCUUGGUUGCUUUAAGCAUGUGUGCUGAUGCCUGCAGACAGUGCUUGUCCUGUCACCGGCAAGUUUUAAUGGUUGCGUGGUUCUAUCUGCAUUGCAAUCACAUGGCCUCUGAAAUCACUUGCCUGUUGCUUUCUUGUGUAGGUAGGUCAUGUAUGACCUCCACAAUCUAUCCCAACUUCAUUCCAAUGCAAAGCAGCGGAUGCAAGAGAGUUUACUGCUCGCUAUUCAAUCUUUUGAGCUCACUGCCUUCGAAGCAUUGUUUCAUCCUUCAAUGCAAUCAACGAAGGCAAGCGAUUAGUGCUCGGUUUUAUCGUGUGGAGCAGUGCAACAGUUGUCACUUUGGCAUGUAUGUGGGUUGGCGUUUUGCUGCGGUCGUCGUCUUUGAUUUAUGGACCAAACUCCAUAGUCCAAAGUGACAGCUGAAUACAUGUACAAUCUUCCUCGAUAAAGGGAUGUCUUCUUCUUCGUAUGCAACUGAUAAAGGGGGAUUGAUGUAUGGAUAAUUUGAGGGAUAUUAUAUCACGUUUCACUAAA